AUGUCGCAGAUAAAGUUGAUAAGCCGCGCUAGUCGCGUGUUGUCCGUGUCCGGUGUAGCAGUGCGGGCAGAAUUAAGCGGGACGGUUUUACCACAGCCACAAGGAAAUCAUACGAGCGUUAGAACCAUGGCGAGCGCACAGAAAAAAACUUUAACUUUGGAAACAUUGAACCCAAACAUUACAAAAUUAGAAUAUGCCGUACGUGGACCUCUAGUCAUCCGCGCCGCUGAAAUAGAAAAGGAGCUUGAGAAGGGAGCACAGAAGCCGUUCAAGCGAGUGAUCAAAGCAAACAUCGGAGAUGCUCACGCCAUGGGACAGCAACCCAUCACCUUCAUCAGACAGGUCCUCGCUUGCGUGUCGGAUCCAGACCUGCUGGAGUCCGGCCAAUACCCGUCCGACGUGAAAGAGAGGGCCAAAUCGAUACUGGCUGCUUGCGGUGGCCAGUCAGUGGGCUCGUACACAAUGUCGCACGGCAUCGAGCUGAUCCGGCGCCACGUGGCGGAGUACAUCGAGCGCCGAGACGGACACAAGGCCAACUGGCAGGACAUCUGCCUCACCGGCGGAGCUUCCAACGGCAUCAAGAACUGUCUGCAGCUACUCUGCAACAAAGUCGACGGCAAGGACACAGCGGUGUUGAUCCCGAUCCCCCAGUACCCGCUGUACUCGGCGUCGCUGGCGGAGUACGGACUGGGCCAGGUCGGGUACUACCUCGACGAGGACCACAACUGGGCGCUCGACAUCAACGAACUGGAGCGCGCCUUCCUCGACGGAAGCAAGACACACGCCGUGCGCGCCAUCGUCGUCAUCAACCCCGGCAACCCCACCGGACAGGUGCUGACACGCAGUAAUAUCGAGGAUAUAAUAAAGUUCGCCCAGAAGCACGGUCUGUUCGUGUUCGCGGACGAGGUGUACCAGGACAACGUGUACGACAAGGACAGCAAAUUCUUCUCCUUCAAGAAGGUGAUGCGGGAGCUGGGCGCCCCGUACGACUCGAUCGAGCUGGCGUCGUUCAUGUCCAUCAGUAAAGGGUACAUGGGCGAGUGCGGGCUGCGCGGCGGCUGGAUGGAGCUGUGCAACAUACAGGCCGGCGUGCAGGCGCACCUGUACAAGGCCAUCUCCGCCAUGCUGUGCCCCACCACGCUGGGGCAGACCGCCGUCGACUGCGUCGCGCGGACCCCGAUGCCAGGCGAGCCUUCAUACGAGCUCUGGAACAAGGAGAAGACGGCAGUACUGGAGUCUCUGAAACAACGAGCCAAGAUGAUCGUCGACACAUUCAACAGCAUGGAGGGCUUCUCUUGUAACGUAGUGCAGGGCGCGAUGUACGCGUUCCCCCGCAUCGAGCUGCCCCCGCGGGCCAUCGCCGCGGCGCGCGCUGACAACAAGCUGCCUGACGUCUUCUACGCGUUCAAACUGCUCGAGGAAACUGGUAUCUGCGUGGUCCCUGGUUCUGGUUUCGGCCAACGUCCCGGUACGUUCCACUUCCGCACCACCAUACUGCCACAACCCAAGCAGUUGCAGGAGAUGCUGGACAUCUUCAAGGACUUCCACCAGAAGUUCACAAAGGAAUACUCGUAA